GUCCUUUAAAAUAAACAAGGUAUUACUUGAUCUAUGUACCAACUCCAUUUCUAUGUUAUAUACUCUUUGGAUAACUAGCACACGGAGUGAUUCAUGCAUGGUUUUGAACUAUGAACCUUAAGUUUCUCUUCGGACUUUGAAUUUGAGGAAUUUAUAUUUAGUUGUAUGAAUUUCGUGGAUAACUAAUUAUCAUUAUCGUUUCUCUAGUCCAUAUAAAUUUGCCAAUUCAUGGGCUAUGCCUGGUCGGAUUAUUCAAAUUGAAAAGUUUGAACUGAGUCAAUUUCGGAAAAUUUACUGUAAAUGUCCAGCAAAAUCAAAUGUCAAUUCUAAUGACAACAAAUGCACGUCCCGUUCAGCUACCACAAUCUUGACAUUGUUCUAUUCACUAAUCAGUUUGGUAGUGAUCAGUGAUCUUAUUGCCAAUUACCUGUGUUCAUCUGUUUUGGCAUCGUCUAAUUCAGGAGUCAGCUUUAUUCAAAAUGAUUAUGAUCUAGAUAAAACAAAAUGUAUACAAUCACUUUUAGUCAAUCGACAUCAAAUUCCAGACUCAGCGUUCAAUGCUACAAGUGAAGUAGUGGAUCCGUCAGGAGCUAAACGUUAUAAUGCGCAUUCUAUUCGGAAUGAAAACACAGAUUUUGCAUGGUGUCCAGGUAAACGUAUCAGCACAGAAUGUGAUGAAUAUGUUGAAAUUGAUAUGGGUGAAUUGAAUAUCAUAACAAAAGUUGUUAUAAGUGGAUUACUUGCUGAAGGUGGAGGAAGCCGUUAUACACCGUAUUUCUAUAUUCGAUAUAAAAGAGAAAUUAAUGAAGAGAAUUGGAGAACCUAUCGACAACUUCGUCCAACCAUUAUUUCUCGACUUUUGGGCGGUUUAGACGCUUUAGUGCCAAAAUUUGUUGUACUUGACCCACCGUUGAUAGCUCGAUGGAUUCGUAUCUAUCCAUAUCGUGAUACACCAGGCUUUGUAUGCAUUAGACUUGAAGCAUACGGUUGUCGUUUCUCAGAUGACCUGGUUGAAUAUCGAAUCCCUGAAGGGAGUCUAGCACAUCCUCCUUAUCAGGCUGAAACCAAUUUAUAUAAAUCUCAAGGAUCAGAAGUGUUUAAUACUGAGAAAUUAAAUUCUAGUCAAGCUGGUGGUGGUCUUCCAUUUUCAGAUACUUGUUAUGAUGGUCAUAGAAUUGAACCAGGGAGUCUUUUAGAUGGAGGACUUGGUUGUCUUAUUGAUCUAAAUAGUGCUAAUCGUGAUACAAUCCCAUCUAUACGACAAACUGUUGGUGUUAGUUCAAAAGCAGAUAGUUCAAUGAAUCAUCAAUUUGUUGGUUGGCAUCGUGAUCGUUGGAAAAGUUCACAGGAUAAAGAUAAUGAUGUUGUUGAUAUGCUUUUUCGUUUUGCUUCUGUACGUAAUUUUACACGACUUCGACUUUAUAUAUCUAAUAAUUAUUUAGAAAAGAUUCGUUUACCCAGACGACUAGAAGUCAAAUUUAGUGUAGGUGGUGUACAUUUCUCUGGUCAGUUGCCUAUUUCACGUGAAUUCAAAUUAGAGAAUCGAAGUUUAGGUGUUUUUAGCAUUAUUUUGGAUUUAUCUCACAGAAUUGGUCAAGUUGUACAAUUGAAAGCCUUUUUCGCUGACGAUUGGUUGUUGUUCAGUGAAAUACGCUUUGAAAGUGAAAAGGUUACUACACCGAUAAAAAUUGAUGAGUUGGCUAUGUUAUCUGAAAAAUCCUCCAAUCAUCAAUCUAUUAAUGAAGAAGAGGAUUUGAUGAAUACAAAGCAUGAGUCUGAUGCAAAUAAAGUGCCGUCCUCAAAUGAUACCUCUGUAUUUGAUGAUCCAACAACUCGUUUAUCAACUGUAGUUAUAUUAGUACUAGUUCUAUUAUGUUGUUUCCUUGGUUUAUUAGCUGGUGUUGCUUGCUUCUCUGUGACAUGGAUGCAUCGUAAAAGACAUGAUUUAGAAAGAGAAAAACAUCAAGUUCAUAAAACAUUGUUAAUUCGUGGUGAAGAUGCUUUAAAUGUAUGUACAACAACUGGUUUACGUGGUAACGGUGAUGUCAAUCUUAUCGGGAGUGGUGGUGAUGGUGGUUAUGCAACAGUUAGACCAAAUAUGUAUCCAUUUCUGUUAUCUGCAGCUAAACCUGAGAUAGGAGUUUCAACUGUUCUACCAAAUGGUGGAUUACAAUCUUAUCAUCAAAUUGUCCUGUCAUCAAAUACCAGUACAGAAUCUCCCAAUAGUGUUUCAAAUGAAAAAAAUCCAAGUCAACAACAAGCACAACUACGUCAGACGUCACAGACAAAUGUUGGUAUGAUUAUUGGUCAGCAGUCUAAUACAAUAGUUAAUCGUUUAUCUGGUGAUACAAUUGGUCCAAGUGAUGGUGUUACGUCAGAAACUGAAGCAUUCUGUGAUAAUAACAAUAAUAAACACAAUGAUGAUAAUGAUGAAACUCAUCCACAUCAUCGUUAUAGUUUAUCAUUAUUUAACAAUCAUCAAUACCAUCAUAAUCAUCAGAUCCGAAAGCAACAUUCAUCUGUUUUAUCCUCGUUAUUAUGUAUAUCGAAAAUGAAGAAACAUCGUCGUAAACAAUGUUCAGUAAAAAUAAAUCAUAACAAUAGGACUAUUUCACAGUUUGAUCAUACUAAUAAUAUACAUGGGAAUAUUAAUUCUAAAGAAAUCAACCAUAUUACUGCUACUACCACUACUACUAAUACUACUACUAAUAAUAGUAAUAAUAACACAGAACUUUUAAAUACUGUAAAUAAUUUCUCAAUAGUUAAUCAGUUAGUUAGCAGUCAAUCUGGUCAUAAUUUAGGAUUAUGUUCAACUGAUCUAUUAAAUGCUCAUUUACGAGGACAGACUUCUGUACAAGCGGCGAAUGGAUUACUUCAAAUUGAUUUGUCCCGAGGUCAUCCAUCAAUGCUAAUUAAUGGUCGACCAUUAAUGCGAAUUUCAGCUUCAUCUAAUCCAUCUGAUGUAACUGAUAAUUCUUGGCUUUUGCAAACUGGUUAUCGUAAUAAUAAUGCAGUUUGUUGUACUUCUUCAAUGGGUAUGAAUUUAUUAAAUUCAGAACCUGGUGUUUAUACAACAGUUAGUGGAGCUGAAUCAGAUGUAGAUAGUAAUGGAGCAAGUACAAUGAGUCCAGAGUAUGCAUCUACAAGUAUGUUACAUGAUUAUCCCAUACUAGCUGCUACAUUGGCUCAAUUAAAUCAACAACGACUAGCUGCUACUCUAACACCAUCUAUGAAUAUUCAACCUAAUUUAUACCCUUGUUCUAAUCCACUUAACAUUGGUUCAUCAUCAAAUUGUUCUGUUAAUUUCAAUAUUUUAUCAAAUCCUCCAUUAAAUUCCCCAUUUAGCAACAAUAAUAAUAUCAUUAACAAUUCCAGUACCUACGGUAAUAUUAAUAGUCAUAAGAAUAACUUUCUCACAUCAAUGAAUACAAUUCAACAACCAUUGUUAUUCACGAACCUUCAUUCAAUGCAUGAUAUGAUGAUGAUGUUGACGACGAAGACGACGACAACAGCAACAGCGGCCAUAACAACAUCACCAGUUACAAAACUAUCAAAUGGUAUACAAAGUUCACAGAUUGGACUACUCACUGAAACUCAUGGUAAUAACAACAGUAACAAUUAUCGUUACGGUGUUGAAAGUGAUAUUGUUCAAAAUAUAUUUCAACAGAAUAAUUGCCAGUCACAAAAUCCACAGAUAUAUGAUGCUUAUAAUUUACCGACUCCUUCAGCACCAAUUUAUUAUCCUACCACACACCAGAUUAUCCCAUCCACUAUAGGACAAUAUUUCCCGUGUAUUAUUACUUCAACACAAACUACUGGAUUAUCAUUUAUAUCAGCAUCAUCAUCGGGAAUAGCACCUCACACAGUGUUAUCGCCAUCAUCGUCUUCAAAGAGUAAUGGCAACACUAUGAAUAAUACUGCUACUGCUACCGCUAAUAAUAAUAAUAAUCCCACAUUACUUGGAAGAGGAGGUCAUAUUAACAAUGAGUACAAAUCUCCGAAACGGAAUGACGUUGUAAACAUUGAACAAUCACAUAAACGAUCUGAUAUGAAUAAGUUAGAUUUCAAUGUUAAAUCUUCAUUGACAACAAAUACUUGUCUAUCAAAAUCUAAUUAUCGAGUUUCUAAUCAUAAUCCAUGGAUUAAAGUAUCAAAUUCAAAUCGUUAUGAUGAAUUGGAACCAGCACAAAGAAGACAACAUGAUGAAAAUUUACUGCCACCAACACCUUCUAGCCCUCCUCCACCUUUACCACGGUCAAUAAUAACAACAAAGCAUCAUUAACUAAUAUAUUUGUUCAUAAUUUUAUGGUUGAAAGGGGUAGAAUUUGAUGUAGUCCUCAGUAAUACAUACAUACAUAAAUAUAUCGAGAGUAUAAAUAUAACUAUUCAUUCAUGCAUAUACACGUUUGUAAAUAGAAUAAACUAGAAUUUCUCCAUUAAUUUUUUAUGCAUAAUAAGUAUACAUUCAAAUAUAUGAUAUUCUAUAUAAUUUAAAGAAAAAAUCUUUUGCCUAUGUAUGUACCCUUACCGGUGGCAUGUACAUUAUUCACUCAUUGUCGUCGACGUCGUCGUCGUCGUCGUGUUUUUCUACGUUUCAAGAGUUAAAUUUGUCUUUCCACUAGUUCUGUCUAUAUGUUACUAUUUGUGUUAAAUAGAUACCGUAACGUUUGUUUUCAUUUAUCCAAAUACUUUUUUUUUUCUAAAUAUUUGGAUAUGGAUUAUAACAUUGAAUCGAAAUAAUUUCUAGCUUAUUUGUAUUUCUCUUCUUAUAUUUCUUAUUUUCUGUACAUUGAACUAACAAAACAAACUAUUGAAUCAUUAUCAUUGAUUGUUAUAAACUUUUAAAGUGUUUACUUUCAUUCAGUUAAUUUCUGGUUUAUUUAGUUCUAUGCUAUUCUUAUUGUAUCUAAAAUUAAAGUGAGUUAAAGUUGUUUUAAAAUUUGUUAGUAGUAUUUUUGUUUUGUAAUAUGAUACAUAAAGUUUUUAAAAAGUACCAUGAAAACAUUUAAACUUGGUGGUAAUCUUUGCUGAUUAACUAGACGAUUAUUGGUUAAGAUGUUCCGUUGAGUCUGUUUACGGAUUUAAAAGAUAACAAAGGUUGAUCAACAUUUGCAUUCAAACUAGUUAGAUGAAAUGAACAUUGUUUUCUAUCUUAAAUGAGUAUAUGUCACUUACAUUUCGUUACAAUGUUUCGACAUUAAACUGAUUAUAAUUGUUUUUUGUUGAUGUUUACAUUCUAAGUCAAGUUUACUACCUAAAGCUAAGAGUAAAGGCACUGAAUACUAAAUUGUUAGAAGUAACUAUGUAGUAGAACUAUUUCUAUGACAAGUAAGAGCUUCUUCGUUCACAACUUUACUAAUGAAACAACGAUUCUGUUUUUUUUCAUUUGAAAGAUUAUGUUUGAUAUAAUAUGUAUAUCCUUUUUUUUUGUCAUUCUGAUGUUCAAGAUGAAAUUUGAGAUUUUGUAGCCAGUUAACCAAGUUACUUUAACUCUAAUCUACGCACUGCAUUAUUUUCCUUUUUUGAUUGUGUGAUUCUAGAGUGUAGGAAAGGUAACUAUUAUUGUACCCAUUUAUCUAUGUGAAGUCAGCUUUUGAUGUUUUAGAACAGUUGUGUACAUCUGUAAGAGAAUACAUUUUCCUGGUGUUUGGUAGCUUCUCAUAUUGCUCAUGGUAGGAUAAGAGUACAUAUGAAUAUUUUACAAUUUUCUUGCGUUAAGUAAAAUCAUUUCUGAUGAAAGAGAUUUGUGAACAUUGUUGAACUUUAUAAUUUACAUUAUGGACCAUAAUUAGUCAGAUAACCAUUGGAAACCAGGACGUCUUAUACACCUGUUCCAUAUUACCAGAUGUCUUAAUUAUGAACAUCAACAACUUCACUGGGGAUAAUAGGUCUUGCGGCAAACGCUUGACUAUUACAACCACUAAGACGAGGCUCAACGGUACAAUUCCAAUUUUUGUCGAGUUGUAUUGUAGCAUGAUGACCAUAUGGUAACAUCGGUGACAACUAUUUAAUUCCCGACAUGACCAAUGUUCCCUUCCGAGUCUCACAACCGGACGAAAGAAUUAUUCAGUACCUUUCAGCUUUUCAAUGUUUUCAUGGUUGAAACCAUGUAACUAGACCACCAUGGAAAACCUG